AUGAGUGAAUGUCUGCAAGCCAUACUUCUCUAUGAAGGUAAGUACGUACCAGUCCGUGACAUCCAGCGCCUAAGACUCAGCGGCAUGACCUCGCAAGAAAUCCGAUCAACAAUGGAAUUCCUGAACUCAACUAGGCAGGGGAAGGUGGGAUGUUAUCGGGAGAUCCGUGGUGGCAUUGGAGUUUUUUACAAAUGCCCGCCGCAUUUGGUGGAUGUCACAUUUUUGGAGUUGUUUGGUCUGAAUUUGUUGAUUUACGAAGCGAGGUACAACUCAAGAAUGGUUUCAAACGCUACGAAUAGACACAGUGCUGUCUACUGGUAUCGCAUCGAGACAUGUUCUCCAUACCUAACAUCUGCUGAGAUUUUUUAG